CCAACCCUGCCGUCAGCUACUCAUUUUUCACAUUUUCGCUCAAUUUGCUUUACGUAAUAAAUCCCCAUGGUUUGAUCUAUAACCGGAAACUCCUUGGAAACCGCUUGAAAUGAUUCUUAAUUGAAUAUCGAUUUGCCGCCUUGCUGUACAGCCCUUUCAUUAGUUUCAGUCACCAAAUAUUCACAAGAACAGAGAAAGUUUUGUAUUAAAUUUUUGGUAAAUAAAGUAACAACAUUCCCGUUGAAAUGGAAUUUGAAAUAAACUGUUCAAUGACACUGAAAAUUCUAAAAUGAACCUUGAUUGUGCUUUUUGAUAUUUCACGAAAUGGUGCAAUUAGCGAAAAGGGAAAUUGACAUGUGUUCUUAUAUAAAUAAAAAAAUGGAUGCAGAAGACGAAGGCGCUGAAACGUCGAAAGAGUCAUCGGUUUUGGGCUCUUCUAGUAAGAGCUUCAUUAGAGAAGGUUCAUUAUUUGACCAUGAUUUUUCAUCGAAACCUGCGGCUGUUAAAGAUCCCAUUACUUUUCAUUCGAUUACAAAUUCGACUCACAUUUUGUCCUCAACUAAAGUGAGCUCUCUGUCGGAAUUCAAAACCGAAGAAAUUGCGACAAAGAGACCUGUAUCAUCUCCAAGAAAAAAUUUCGAUAAGGUGCAACAUUUUUCCGAGGAUAAAUGCCCAGAAUUGACGGUGAAAAUGUUCUUCGAGUUCAUGCGAACGGCUUAUCAAGUGAACGACAGUGUGGAAGAGUUGGCUGCGAUUAUAACAGCUGGCAGUGAAAUUGACUGGGCGAAGUUGGUAAAAACUGAUCUUAAUUUUAAUAGUACCUCCAGCAUUUCAGGGGAUUCUUUAAAUAGUACUGCAAAUCAAGCAGAGGAACAAUCAGUAGAAGUGCAUGGUAACGAAGAACUGUUGAUGUUAAACAGUUCCAAAUGCACUUCUAAGUGUCAAGGAUCCCUUUUAAUGACUGCAACUGAUAAAAGAUGUCAAAAGGACGUGGAGUCUCCAAGGAAAAAAGCAAACGCGAUUGUAGAAGUUUCUGAAGAAACUCCUGGUAAUUCUUCAAGAGGGCAAACAUCCUCAAAGAAAUCAAAGUUUUUGUCCAUUGAAAAUAUCGGCGAAUACAGAGAACAUACUUUGGGAAAAAUGGUUAAGAGAAAUUUGAGCGACAUUCUUCAUGAAGGCCUGUUGGAUUCGAUACUUCCGUACAUGAUACCAAAACCCAUGUUUUCACAACCUGUUAUUAAAAAAUCUACGUCAAGUGUGGAAAUCACAAAAACUGCUUCCCUUCCGUCGAAUGUCGACAAUAAAGUGACAAUUUCGCUCACAUCAGGCAAAGAUAAGGAUAAGGAGAAAAAUAAGCUCCAACAAAAAGUGCUUGAAAACGAAGUGGAGAUCCAUGUUUGCGACGAGGCCAAAAAUAUAAAAAAGGACUUUCGAUGCCCGCAGAGACUUUUAGUGCAGAAAAUGCGCUAUUUUGCAGAUGUGACCGCAGGUCAGAAACUCGAGGAAAUGGACAUUUCCGUACACUGCGAUGUCUUGAUUUUUGACUGGUUGAUGAAAUGGGUGAAGAAAGAUAUUAUUAAAAAAUCUGAGUGGCCGGUUUUAGAAGCGAGCAACGUUGUGCCCAUUAUGGUAUCUGCUUCUUUCCUGCAAAUGGAACCUUUACUCGAGAGCUGCCUUACAUACUGCCACAAAAAUAUGCCAGAAGUUUUGAAAACUCCGACAGUACUCACCUGUUUGAACGACAAUAUCCUCACAAGGCUGGCUGACCUUUUCUCGAAUGUCGACGCUGAAGUGUUAAAAGACAAGAAAGACAAAAUCCAAAGCCGGCUGUUCUGCAAAUUAAUUGUCGCUUUAGCGGAUCCGACACCGGAUAACGAGAGAGGGCAUUUUAGCUCAUUGGCGACUUUGUUUAAAUGCGGAAAGUGUGGGAAAACGGUCAUACGCUCUGUAUCAGAUUUCGUGCCAUGUAUCGCAAGUGCAACGAGAAUCGACAAUGGAGGGAAUUUGCACAGUACGCACACCAGAGAUUUAACAUGGACGCUGAACGAGUACGUCGUCGCCCUAAGAACGGAAUUACGUUCCUGGAGAAAGGUAUAUUGGCGACUUUGGGGUGAUUGCCACUUUUUGUACUGCAAAGUGUGCGGGACGUAUUUUCCAAUCCAUCGGAUGAAUUGGUGCUCUUAUCAUGCGGAAAUGCCACAAUUUUUUGUGAACGAGCAACAGAGAUCCACGCCGUUUCCUUUAGGCAGAUAUCCGUGUUGUAGUCAACGAGCCUACAAAUUUGAGGCUUUACCUAAUCGAGAGGGAUGCAGAUUCAAGGAACACGUUUCAGUAAUUUCAACUGACAAGGAAUCAGGUAUCUUGAAUAUCUUCGCCUUGCACAGGGAGAUAAUAUCAUUGGACACUCCACAAUUGUUCUUUCCCGAAAGAAUUACAAGAUUAGUGGCAAGAGACCCCUCUCUUCCAUUUGGGAAAUUGAUGUGCAAAGAACCCAUGUGGUGGGAUGGAAUAGAACUCGCCCCAUCGAGGCCGAAAUUGGGAUUACUAGAGAAAAUCUGGGGAGGAUCAGGAUUUCGGAGAUCAUGUCAAAUUCCAGGAGCAACCAAAAUAACCCGCAAAGCUUUCCAACAGGCAUCGCAAGUAACAGAGGCUUCUUCACCGAGUUCUUCAAUAGUGGAUACAGACGAGGACGAUAUUACAACAGGAAUCGGCGAAAGCAGCGCCGAAGAGGAAUCAGACAACAGCGAAGAAUCUCAUGGGUUAUCUCUCACCGAGAUUCGUAAAUUAAAGAGGAAAUCCAGAUACUACACAAUUAAGAAGAGCGAUGGUGGACGAAUUUGGAAUGUUAAUCUAAUGGCGCGAUAUAAUCAAGACAAUCAAAGAGACUUUGAAGAAAGAGCAGCAGUCCAAAUGAUAGCUCUUUUGACGAAAAGAACAUCAACUGAGUGCGGUUUACUGCCGAAAUUGCACUUUACCAACAAACAAUACGAGAAUACGUGGAACUAUAUCCAGCCUCUUGGUGGGACUUACGUGAGGUUAGAGUCUGAAUUUCGAGAACAGCUUGUACAAUCGUACAAAUGGAAAAAUUCAAACCAAGCAAAGGGUUCUGUGCGUGUCAAGGCGUCGAAACUGUUAUAGAUCAGACAUUUUAUGGUCUGCAUAAAAUAUAAAUAGUAAAUGUUAUGUUUUAACACAAUUUCAUAAUUAACGUAUGCUUAAUCACCUUAACAAAUAUUGUAAUUAGUACCUUUCUGUAAUUAUUAAUUUUUCCUCAAUAAUGACUGUAAUGGUUCACCAAGCGAUGAAUUUGUCAUUACUAUAAGUAUUAACAAGGUUGUAAUUAUUUUUCAGUGCGUUAUUAUUGUAAAAGUUACUUUUUUCAUAAUGUACAACUUA